UUUCUUUUUGUUUUUCAGGGAUCCAGUCACUCGAACAUUGUUUACAUUCAGUUAAGAAACUUUUCAAGGCCACCAACUAAAACUGGCUUAUACCGCUUUUACGUUUACAGCCGAGAUAGGUUUACAGAGGAUACAAAAUGUACAGAACACAUCACUUUGUUCGACUGUCCACGAUUGUAAAUGACAGAGGCAGAGGGAAAGUUUUUAGUCCUGCUCGAAUCUGUCGGUCGCUUUCAACUCUUGAUAAAUUGUAUCCUCGGCAUGACUCUUUUAGUGAAAGACAUAUAGGUCCAGGGGAAGACGAAAAAAGAGAAAUGCUAGAUUUUCUAGGAUUUAAGGACAUGAAAGAGAUGAUAAUCAAAACAGUUCCAGCAACUAUUCUCAUGGAUAGAGAAUUAAGGAUGGAGGAACCUUUAGGUGAAACAGAUUUGAUAGAGAAAUUAUACUCCAUGGCUUCAAAAAACCAAGUAUGGCGAAGUUAUAUUGGAAUUGGCUACUACAAUACUUAUACACCUACUACAAUACUCAGAAAUAUAUUUGAAAAUCCAGGAUGGACUACUCAGUAUACACCAUAUCAGGCAGAAUUAGCCCAAGGCAGACUAGAAAGUCUAUGUAAUUACCAAACAAUGAUAUGUGAUCUGACAGCUCUACCUAUAGCUAAUGCUUCACUCCUGGAUGAGGCUACAGCAGGGGCAGAGGCCAUGCAGUUAUGUUAUAGAUACAACAAAAGAAGGAAGUUUUACAUUGACCACAAAUGUCAUCCACAGACUAUUGGAGUAAUUGAAACAAGAGCAAGUGCUCUUGGUAUAGAGGUGGAGAGAGUAGAUUGGCAACAGAUGGAUUUGAAUAACCGUGAUGUGUCAGGUCUGAUGAUUCAGUAUCCAGACACAGAAGGCAAUGUUGUAGACUAUGGUGAACUUAUUGCUGCAGCUCAUGCUAAUGGGACAUUAGUUGUAUGUGCAACAGAUUUAAUGGCCUUAACAGUCCUCCGUCCUCCUGGAGAGUUCCAGGCAGAUAUGGCAGUAGGGUCCAGUCAGAGAUUUGGUAUACCAAUGGGCUAUGGUGGACCUCAUGCUGGCUUCUUUUCAUGUAAACACCAAUUUAUGAGGUUAAUGCCUGGAAGGAUGAUCGGGGUAACAAGAGAUGCUCGAGGGAAUGAUGCCUACAGACUAGCAUUACAGACCAGAGAACAACAUAUACGUAGAGACAAGGCUACCAGUAAUAUAUGUACAGCACAGGCACUGCUAGCUAAUAUGUCUGCUAUGUUUGCUGUUUAUCAUGGUCCUGAUGGCCUACGUCACAUUGGUAACAGAGUUCAUAAUGCUACAGUUAUCCUGGCUGAAGGUUUAAAAAAGGCAGGACACAGAAUGGAUAUGAAACAUUUUUAUGAUACUUUGUUUUUUUGGCCCAAGAAUGGACAGGCAGAAAUUGUAAACAAAGCAAUGAAAAAGAAAAUUAACUUCAGAUACUAUUCUGAUGGUCAUAUUGGUAUUGCAUUGGAUGAAACAGUAGAAAGAGAAGAUAUGAGAGAUUUAUUGCAAGUUAUAGGAUCACCAGCAACAUUGGAACAAAUCUGUGAAGAAAUUGGACCACAUCCUAAUGCUGCUAUUGAAAGCACACCUUUUAGGAGAACUAGUGAUUUUCUUACACAUCCUGUUUUUAAUAGAUUCCAGUCAGAAACCAAUAUUGUAAGAUACAUGAAACAGUUAGAAAAUAAAGAUUUAUCCUUAGUACAUUCCAUGAUUCCUCUCGGCUCCUGUACAAUGAAGUUAAACAGUACGACAGAAAUGAUGCCAUGUUCCUGGCCAGAGUUUGCCAAUAUACAUCCAUUUGUGCCACUAGAACAAACAGAGGGAUAUGCUGAAAUGUUUACAGAAUUAGAACAGGAUCUGUGUGAGAUUACAGGAUAUGACAAAAUAUCAUUCCAACCAAACAGCGGUGCCCAAGGUGAAUAUGCUGGAUUGAGAGCUAUCAUGGCUUACCAAAAUGCAAUAGAUCAAAAACAGAGGACCGUAUGUUUGAUUCCUACAUCUGCUCAUGGUACAAAUCCGGCCAGUGCCCAGAUGGCAGGUAUGAAGAUACAGCCUAUUAACGUGGACAGAAAUGGUGCUAUUGAUAUGAAGCAUCUUAGAGUCAUGGUAGAGAAACACAAAGACACUUUGGCUUGUAUGAUGAUUACAUAUCCCUCUACAAAUGGUGUGUUUGAUAAAGAUAUCAGAGAAAUCUGUGAUCUGAUACAUGAAUAUGGGGGCCAGGUAUACUUGGAUGGUGCCAAUAUGAAUGCUCAGGUUGGUAUAUGUAGACCUGCUGAUUAUGGAUCUGAUGUAUCUCAUCUUAAUUUACAUAAAACAUUCUGUAUACCACAUGGUGGAGGUGGGCCUGGAAUGGGACCUAUUGGUGUACGAAGACAUCUGGCACCAUACUUACCAACACAUCCAGUCAUUCCUCCAUAUGGCACCACAGGUCCAGAAGCCAAGUCAUUUGGUGUAGUUUCUGCAGCACCCUUUGGUUCUAGUGCCAUUUUACCGAUCUCUUGGGCCUAUAUCAGAAUGAUGGGAGCAGAGGGUUUACGCCAGGCAUCAGAAGCUGCUAUUCUUAAUGCUAAUUAUAUGAGUAGAAGACUUGAUGGCUAUUAUAAAACUCUGUACAAAAAUGACGAAGGUAUGGUUGCUCAUGAAUUUAUACUUGACUGCAGAGACUUUAAGAAAAGUGCAAAUGUAGAAGUGAUGGAUAUUGCAAAGAGACUCCAAGAUUAUGGAUUCCAUUCUCCAACAACAUCAUGGCCUGUGGUAGGAACCUUGAUGAUUGAACCAACAGAAUCAGAAGACAAAGAUGAAUUAGACAGAUUCUGUGAUGCUCUCAUUGCAAUAAGAAAAGAAAUAAAUGAUAUUGAAGAAGGAAGAUCUGACUCAAAAAUUAAUCCAUUAAAGAUGUCACCACAUUGUCAAAAAACAGUAAUAUCUUCUAACUGGGAUCUACCAUACUCGCGAGAAGUAGCAGCCUUCCCAUUACCCUACCUGAAAGCGUCCACCAAAUUUUGGCCUUCAGUAUCGAGGAUUGAUGACAUAUAUGGAGAUCAGAACAUUGUUUGUACCUGUCCACCAAUGUCGUUAUAUGAAUCACCAUUUAUUGAAGUUUUAAAUGAAAAAGAGAAGGUCAGCCACUAAAUAUGGCUUAAAAUUGAAUCAUUUUAAAUUGUGCAAAGUUUUAUGAUCUUAUAUAUAUGCUGGACAAGUUUUUAGGACAAUUUGAUGGCAUAUAACAAUUAAAAAAAAAUUAAUGAAUACUGUAAAUUCACAUUUUGAUGCAUGUGUUUAUUUUUGUGAAUCUUCAACAAC